AUGACUCUCACUAUUGAUCUCUUCGCGGAGAAGCUCCUUGGGUUGAGAGUCUUACCCGCUCACUUGCUGCCCGCUAGUAGUAAUGUCCUCCCCCUUUUCUUUGACGGUGCAGUAGCUGCCUCUGGUCACAAGGGGGGCAAGAAGGGUGGUAAGAAAGGAGGUGGUGAUGGUGGCGGUGGUGGUGGGGGUGGUGAUGGAGGAGGUGGAGGGAGUGGAGGUGGUGGCGGAGGCGGUGGUGGUACCGGCGGUAUUGGAGGAGAUACUGGCUUCGGAGGUGUAGCGUCACAGCAUCAGCAGCCACAGCAGCAGCUGCCACAGCAGCAGCAGCCUCAACAGCAGCAGCAGUUCCUGCCGUGGGGAGCGCAGCAGUAG